AUGGUCUACAACGUUCGUACCAAGAAGAUUAAGCGCUCACGGAACGUCAUUUUCAAUGAGAAUCCAUCUCCGGCAAGUCUGCCUGACCCUGCCUAUAAUCUUAAUAUUACAGGCAUAAACCAAGAUCAUAAACAUAAUUCACAGGAUCGUCAUAUCCCAAUCGAUUUCCUACGGCCUCACCUCGAGAAUCCGUUCAACAUACAAUCUACCUCCCCACCCUCUCCUACCGUCGAAGAUAAUCCUAAGGAUCAAUCGCAAACGAGGGCUCCGAAUACUCUCGACCCGUCGAAUCCCGCGCUCUUUAAAGAAGAUCUUACAUACUUUCGUCAAGUCAAAGAUCUAGAUUUCUACGAAGUCUAUACCGUUAUCGCUAAGCCGAUAUCUUUCAAGGUUUUCGCUGCAGUUGCUGCGGCAAAAGGAUGGUAUCUACAUCAUAUAGAUAUUAUUACUGCCUUUCUCUACGCUGAAUUGAAGGAACCAAUUGAGAUUGAACUGCCUGAGAUUCAAAGAGAAGAGUAUCCUGAUCAUAUUGGGCUGCUGAUGAAGACGAUCUACGGAUUGAAACAGAGCCCUCGGGAAUGGUAUUCACUACUCCAUGAUGUCCUGGUAUCUAUAGGGUUUGACCGUACCCAGUCAGAUCACUCUAUCUUCGUCAAAAGACAACAUGGUGGUUCACCACUCUAUGUCAUGGUGUAUGUGGAUGACUUGCUAGUCCUUUCUCCAUCGGAAGACGCUAUUCAACAGUUCAAAAGCGCUAUUUCAAAGCACUUUGACACUUCCGACAAGGGCAAGCUUCAACGAUAUCUCGCGAUCAACGUUCACUAUGCUAAUGGCAUCAUACACUUGUCGCAAGCCGACUAUGUUGAUAAGAUCCUCGUCCGCUUUAGUCUUGAAAACUGCAAGCCAGUUAUUACGCCUAUGGAUAAAAAGCAAGCUUUAAUCCCGUUCGAAGGCACUGCAACGAAGGGACAGAUACAUGAAUACCAGACGAAAAUCGGCACCUUGAUCUGCGAGAAAGGACUUUCCACAUCUGGUUUCUUGUUCAAAAUGGCUGGCGGAGCUAUUUCUUGGACGUCGAAAAAGCAACCCUGUGUUGCUCUGUCUACUACCGAGUCAGAAUACAUCGCCGAGUCUCUCGCAGUACAGGAGGCAAUCUGGUUAAUCCAGUUGCUUACGGAGCUUGGAAUCGAAGGGUUUCUCAGCAAGCCAAUCCCCAUUUAUGCGGAUAACAACGGAGCUAUUGCUCUCGCUUCCAAUCCGGAAUUUCAUGCUGCGACGAAACACAUCGCCAUCCGUUUCCACAGGCUGCGCGAAGAGGUUGCCGCCGGCAACGUCAAAUUUGUCAAGAUCCCGACUGCCGACAUGGCAGCGGAUGGACUGACUAAACCCCUUGGCAAAACGCUAUUCAAGCGCUGGAUCAUCCAAAUGGGCCUCACGGUCUAUAAAAAUGGUUGA